AUGGACAAAUUGGAAGCACUGUCCUCACGCAUAUUUCCUUCCGAUCCCUCUAUAGGCAAAAUUGGUUCAAUAGAGUAUAAUGUCUGGUUGGCACAGUUAUUUGGCGUGCCGGUAUUGGGAUUGAAAAAGGAAACUCCUCGCAUGAGAAUCGCUUUGGCUGUCUAUGGAGUAGUGGCUACAUUGGUGGUGACAUUCCUUUAUACGGGCUUCGAGAUCUACGAUAUGAUAUUUUGUUGGCCAAAUUUGGAUAAACUUACGCAAAAUAUUUGCUUAUCAUUGACGCAUGUUGCUGGCGCUUUAAAGGUUAUAAAUAUUAUUUAUCGCCUUAAAGAAGUCGCUGGUGUGGUGAGAAAGAUAGAGUAUGCAGCGAGAUAUUAUGUCAUUUCAAAAAAUCAAUUAAAGGCUUUCUAUCGUGGUGAAUUUGAAAAUAAAAUACCCUUAACAAUCUAUGCCUCGCUGGUGGGUUUCACAGGCAUUUUAGGCAUCGCCUAUCUGCUCCACAAUCCUACUGGCGUUGCUGGUGAAAUCUUUCCGUAUCGCGUCAAAUUGCCCCAUUGGAUGCCUUUCGGCUUACAGCUGGCUUAUAUGGGCUUUAGUGUGUUGGUUUUUGCCUUACAAAUUGUUGCCAUCGACUAUCUUAAUGUCACUAUGAUCAAUCAAAUAAGAUUCCAAUUGAAAAUAUUAAAUUUGGCAUUCGAAGAACUCAAAUUCGUGUCUGGCCAAGCAGCGCAUGAAUUGAGUUUGGAUAGGCGUUUGCGUACGAUAGUUGAUCAUCACAAUUUGCUACGCAAUUUACGCAAUGAAGUCGAAGAGAUCUUUCGCUUGCCGGUACUCGUACAAUUCUUCACCUCACUCAUUAUAUUCGCAAUGACCGGUUUUCAAGCUAUCGUCAAGUCGGAAAAUUCAAAUGGCGCUUCAUUAAUUUACUGUUAUUGUGGUUGCAUAUUUUGUGAAUUAUUUGUUUAUUGUUGGUUUGGCAAUGAAGUGUCCGAGCAGAGCAAAACCCUAACCACCAGCGGCUACAACUGCCAUUGGUAUCAAUUUGGUCCGCGCUAUAAGAAAUCUCUUUUGAUAUUUAUGUUUAAUUCUCAAAAACCGAUUGUUUUUACCGCCGGCGGAUUUAUGGCCCUGUCUUUGCCCAGUUUUACUGGUAUAUUGAGUAAAUCGUAUACGGUUAUUGCAUUGUUGCGUCAAUUUUAUGGCCGUUAAGGGUGAAAUAUUUUAAGCUGACCAGCUGCCUAGAAGGUGUUGAUUUUACGAAUUACAAAUUAUGUGAUAAUAAAGCGAUAAGGUUAUUUCUG